AUGCGUGCUGUUAAGUUGAUUGUCUGCGCGAUCCUUUGGUCGCUGUGCAUUUCGUGUGGGUCGGCAAAGAAAGACUUUUGCUUCGUCCCUGCCAUCCACAUCAAGUCUGUGCGAGCAGACAAGGUCCCCCUCACUCGUUUGAGCAUGAGCUUGAACGAUGGAGCGAAUCGCCCAGCAUUCCUCCGAUCGUCGGAGGACGAUUUUGAGAAAUCAGUGAGCAGGUUCGCAAGAAUGAUUGUGGGUUCUUACAGCAUCCCCAACCAUCACCAGCAAGACAUCGUCGGUUCUCUCGCCUCGUUCUUGCUCCAUCCCCAAGCGUCCAAGAGCGACAAGUGCAGCUGGACUGCGUGCGAACCCCCAAAGAAAGCCAUGUCGCCGGGAGAUCGCAAGCUCUUCUCAGCCAUAUCGCGUUCUUGUGCACCCCGCAAUGUGGGGUCACCAGAUGAUAUGUGAGCUGUGAGGCGCUGAUGUGACUGUAACAUAAUGUUGUAUUCUGUGAGAGGUGUAGAUAUCUUUCUUUCUGUACAUAAGAACAAGAAGAAAAUGG